AUGGAAGAGGUAGGAGAGUGUUUUGAUCUUCAUUUAUUUGAGGUUUGGGUUUUUUUAAGGAUUUUUGAAGAGUUUUGUGACAUUUUAUCGUCUCAAAAGUCAUUAAAAUGAGGUUUUAAUCCGCUUUUAGAGGGGUAAUUGAGAAGCUCUGUAAGAGUUGGUCCUUUUUUGGAUCAUUCAUGAAAAGUUGCAUACCAGUUUCUACCGUGGAUAGUAAUGUUUCCACAAAAAAUCACUUUUUUCCGUGCAAAAUUGGCAAAGAUAUGGCCAAAAAGUCUUUUUCUCUCUGACGCUCUCCGCAUUCCUCGUACUCUCUGAGAAUAAAGUUGAAUAUCUUGGCUCACUCUGCAAAGAGCGAGUUAAAACCUUCAGCAAUUGAUUAUACACCCAUCUAGCUUAUUUAAAUUUUAUAAAGAUACCAUUUUAUACGAUGAAAGAUGCUUGGAGAUAUUUUUUCGUAUAAAAUGUCACUUUUAGAAGCUAAAACCGUUUAGAAAUUGAUUAGAAGCCCAUUUUAAUUACUAUUAAAAUUUUUUGCAAAGAUACCAUUUUAUACGAUCAAACAUGCUUGGAGAUAUUUUUUCGUAUAAAAUGUCACUUUUAGAAGCUAAAACCCUUUAGAAAUUGAUUAGAAGCCCAUUUAAAUUACUUUUAAAUUUUUUUGCGAAGAUUCCAUUUUAUACGAUGAAACGUUCUUGGAAAGGUUUUGACGUAUAAAAUGUCUCUUUCGAAGCCGAAAUUUUGCGCCCGACGUAUGUUCAUCGAAUAUUCUCCCUAAUUAGUCUAAAGAUUCCAAAAUAAUCGGUUCAUGAUAAAUGCUAGGGGUCGUUGGGAUGACGCCGGAUGAGAGAGCAAACCCCCAAAAAUAAUGGGCUAUAAUCUUUCUGAAGCACGCAAUUCUUUGUUAAAAAACGGGCAAGUUUUCGCCCUUAUAGGGACUUUUGGUUUAUUAUUACUGAAUUUAUAUGUUUCUGACAUGGAAUUCCAGAAGUUUUUAGUGCAAAUAAGGGGAAUUUGGAUACUGUAUCGCGUAUAUGUUUUUCUAUUUUUGUUUUUAACAUGGUUAGGUUACUGUAGCAUUUGGGGGGAAAUUUAUAUAAUCUAUCUCCAGACUGCGCUUAGAUUUUGAUGAAACGUAGGGCAAAUUUAGAAUACUUUUUUCUAUGGCAAAUACGAUACUCCCAGCUCACAAUACGCAGAAGCAACCAGGAUUUUUGAACCAAAACUUGAAAAAAAUCCAGCAAUUUUUUUGCGAGUUUAUCCAUGAAAAGUUUCAGCCUUAUUUCUACCGUAGAGAAUAAUGCUUCCACAAAAAAUAAAUUUUUUCCGCACGAAACUGGCAGAGAUAUGGUCAAAAAGCUGUUUUUUCUCUGGCCGCUCUCCGCAUUCAUCGUACUCUCUCUGAAAAAAGUUGAAAAUCUUGGCUGCCCUUGCAAUUACGAGCUAAAAUUUUCAGAAAUUGAUCAGAGGGCCAUCUAAUUUAAUUUUACUGAAUUUUACGAAAGUGUCAUUUUAUACGAUGAAACAUGUUUAGAAAUGUUUUGUCGUAUAAAAUGCCGCUUUAAGAGAUGGCAUUUUUAGAAAUAAAUUUAAAUUGAUCAGAAAAAAAUAAUAAAAAAUUUUCACCCUGAGGGCAAAUAAAAACAAAAUUUUUUGAAACAUAAAAAAAGCAGACUUCUGGAUGCCGUAUUUUACAAUAUCUAUUAUCCCGUUUUUCAGUUCCUCCGCGACGACUCCAUUGAUCUGCACGAACUGAGCACCCGUUCCGACUCCUCGUCCUCCACGUUUUCCGAGGAAACUGUGCUGCGAAUCCCCUCCGGGGACAGUGACGACAGACCCCUGAAGCGCUUCAUUAAUAUGCCCAACGGAACGCUGGACCCAUCAUCGGACAUUACGCCCGGCCGCCGGGCGAAGAGCCCGUUGCCUCCGUUGCGGUUGCAUUCCGAGUCGGACAUCGACUUGGCCGCACUGCACAGUGGAAACAAGGACGAAAUUUUGAGUAAUGGUAGGUGAAUUUUUUUUUUAAAUUUAAAAAUAGGGGCUGUGGAGAUUGAAAAAAAAAAUAUUUUGAAUUUUUGUCGGGGCAAAAGAAAAUAAGUGGAAAUUUGCACAGUGCAAAAAAAUAUAUCUUGAGAGUGCACAGUGCGACGAAAAUUUUUUUUCGCACUGUGAAAAAAAAUAUGUGGAAUUUUUGUCUGCGCACGGUGCAUAAAAAUAAGUCGAAAUUUGCACUGUGCAAAAAAAAAAAUAAAAUUUUCAGUGCACAGUGCAAAAAAAUUAGGUCGGAAGUUGCACCGUGCAAAAAAAUAGGUAGAAAGUUGCACCGUGCAAAAAAAUAUAUCUUGAGAGUGCACAGUGCGACGAAAAUUUUUUUUCGCACUGUGAAAAAAUUACUUGGAAUUUGUGUUGAGCACAGUGCAAAAAAAUGAAGCCGAGAUUUGCACUGUGCAAAAAAAUUAUUUUUCAGAAUGCACAGUGCGAUGAAAUAAAGUCGUAAUUUGCACUGUGCAAAAAAAAAUAAAAUUUUCAGUGCACAGUGCGGUGAAAAUUUUUUUUUAUCGCACUGUGCAAAAACUUAUUUCGAAUUUUUGUCUGCGCACGGUGCAAAAAAUAAGUCGAAAUCUGCACAGUGCAAAAAAAUAUAUUUUUAGAGUGCACAGUGCGGAAAAAAUUGAGUCGAAACUUGCACCGUGCAAAAAAAAAAUAUAUUUUUUUCAGCGCGCAGUGCGAUAAAAAAUAAAAAGAAAGAUUUUUUUAUCGCUUACAAGGGAUCGGCAAAUAGUUGCACCCUGCUUUCUUAACGAAACAUAUACUGUUUGAAAGAGCAUUGAAAAUAGUGUACAACACAGGAAAAAUUAGCUGCCCAAUAUAUGUUUGGGCAAAGUUAUGGCCGUUUUAUGAUAAGGGUUAUAUGCGGCCAAAACGCCGGUUUCUUCUAUUACAGUAAUCCUGGCGGCUUGAAAUUGUCUCCAUUUUCUUACUAGUAUCCCGAAACGUCUAUCACGGUCGUUUCAUCGCUUUACCAAUCCUUGGUUAUGAGUUAUUAGACAUUAUAAUGUCGCAUUACUGCCAUUUACAAAAAAUUGUAAAUAAAACUAGGUUAAUGGGAAAACUGGAGCAAAAAACUUUGAGAAUUCAUUUGUAUGAUCGUCGUGGCCAUUUACAAACAAAAAUCUCAAAAUCAAAAAUUUAUUGUCCUAGCCUUACCGAUGGUUAGGCCACUGUGUCAGCAAUAGUGUUUUGGCCGCUUUUGUAAUUUUCUCUUCGUAUUUUUUUCGAAAAAAUUAUAUUUAUAGGCCCUUGUAAAUUGAAUUAUCGUCCAGUAAUCAUAAUCGGUCAGGGUAAAGGCAUGACACCCUUGUAAUUAUACGAUAGGAAUCCCCACUCUCAUCACCAUCAAAUAUGUGGUGGUAGCAAAAAAAAAACCAAAAACUCGAAAAAAUCCCGUAAAAAUGUAUUUUGACUGCGAAGGAACAAAAAUUAUUUAAAAAUGGUUUUGUGGCAUAUAAGAGACGAAAUGCAAAAAAAUUUGCAGCGCCCGGCUUCGAAACCACGACCUGUUUCGCCGGAAGUGAGGUCACUACCACUCGGCCAACUGGACACAACUUUGUUGCCGUUCCAAGAGCUUAUAAAGUGACGCGGAAAUUAGGCUAAAAUCUGUAUUUAGGCCAUAACUUUGCCCAAACAUAUAUUGGGCAGCUAAUUUUUUUUGCGCUGUGCACUAUUUUUAAUGCUCUUUUAAAUGAUAUAGGUUUCGUUAAGAAAGCAGGGUGCAACUAUUUGCCGACCCCUUGUCAGUGCAAAAAGUUAUUUUAAAUUUUUGUCGGCGCACAGUGCAAUUUUUUUAAUGCACUGUGCAAAAAAUUUUUAUUAAAUAAAAAUUUCUCAAAAUUCAAAAAAAAAAAAAAAAAAAAAAAUUAAAUUAAAUUUUCCUGUGCAAAAAAUUUUCAAAACAUACCAUUAGUACAGUGCAAUUUUUUUUUUAAAUUUUUCGAUUUUCAAUUCAAAAAAUCUCGAUUUCAGAUAUUCAAUCCGGCUCUUUGGACGCCGCCAGAGCGCAUUGGAUUCAACUAUACAAACAGAAUCAGCAGCAGAAUGUCAUCCAAGAAGUCUUUAUCUACAUGAUCCGGAGGUACCCGCAAAUGAGGCCGGUCUGGCAGUUCAGUCGCUCUUUGAACAUGAAAAAUGACAACUGGGAGCAUGAUAUUUUGAGGGACAACACUUUCAAGUGAGUUCUUGAGAAUUUUUGAAUUUCAAAAAAUUGAUUUUUUUUUGUAUUUUAGACAUCAUUGUGCAAGUAUACAAGCGGCGUUUACGAUGAUUAUGGACAACCUGGAUGAUGAGCAUGGUCUGGCGAAGCUAUUGCAACAGUUGGGAGCUCAUCACUUCUUCUACGACGCCUACGAACCGCAUUUGGAGGUGGGUGACAUUUUAUACGAUGAAAAGUUUAUUUUCUUUGAUUUGUGAAUAAUUCAUUAUAAUGGUUAGGUAAGACAAUCAUAGCACGGCAUUAAGCGUAUUAAAAGAUUUAGAAUUAGGCUUUUGCUAUCAGGUGCCAUUUUAUACGAGAAAACAGUUAUGAGAAUGUUUUAUCGUAUAAAAUGGCAAUCAAACGAAGUUUUUGAAUCCGAGCCAUGUUUUAUUAUUUGCACGCAAACAAAGGUGCUUAAUCAAUCAAAAUUUCAAAGUUUUCGGCAUAGUGAGCCAUUUUAUACGGCAAAACUUGUAUAAACAGGUUUCAUCGUAUAAAAUGUCAGUAUAGUCGGUUCUUUGGCAAAGUUUUAUUGUUUUUGCCCAAGCAACUAAUAAAAAAUAUCAUUUGAAAAAACAGUGAAAAUUCCGCCGUUGAGACACCAUUUUAUACGAUGAAACAUUUCUGAAGAGGUUUCAUCGUAUAAAAUAUCAUCAUAAUGGGAUUUUUGCAAAACUUCAUUUGUUUUAUCUCAAACACCAUGUAACAAACAUAACUUGAAAAAAACAGUUAAAAUACCACCGCUGAGACACUAUUUUAUACGAUGAAACAUUUCUGAGCAGAUUUCUUCGUAUAAAGUGGUAUUUAUCUAGAAAAUUUCUAAAACAGCCUCUGAACAUCCUGACGGCUUAUAAAGAACACUAUUUGUGUCAAUACCACAAAUAUUUUGCCGGUUUUUAAUCAAAAAAUCUCAUUUUCAGGUAUUCCAAGAGAGUCUUUUGCACGCCCUCAAGUCGGUUCUCAUCGACACCGCCGAAGCGCCGGACGACAACCUGCUCCGAGCGUGGACUCGUUUCUUCGUCAUGGUCAAACGACAUAUCAAUUUGGGGAUUUCGCACGAACGCAAAAAUUAUUUAAUUCAAUGCAUGACGUCAAUGGAAAUGAAAUACGUGAAAAAAGUGUGGGGCCAGGUCAAAGAGUACGGCUUGGACAAGGCUGGGAGUAUUUGUACGGGAAUUGCGCUCAAGGUGAGUUGAAAUUUCUUUGAUUUUUUGAGGGAAAAAAUGCGAUAUGAAAUUGCAAAAAAAAAAAAAAAAUCAAAAUUUUUUAAUUUUGAAAUUUUUUAAAAUUCCAUGAAAAAAAAUAAUUUUGCGAUAAAAAAAUCGAUAAAAAAUGAACAGUCUCUAUUGUGUAAAUCCAUGAAGAUUCAUUUUCGCGUAUUUUAAAAAUGUUUUUUUCAGACAUACGAAGAGCUGUUGGAGAAAUAUAAAAUCGAUAUGGCAGUGAAUUUGAAGCCGGAUGAUAGUGAUUUUAAAAAGUUUUCAAUUGAAGUGAUACGGGUAUGUCUAUUUUUUUAUUUAUUUUUUUUUGACUUUUUUGAUUUUUUUUAUUUUUAUUUUUAUUUGAUUUUUAUUUUAUUUUAUAUUUUAUUUUGAUUUUUAUCUUAUUUUUUUAUUUUUUUAGAUUUUUUAUUAUUUAUUUUGAUUUUUUUUAUUUUCUUUUUUUGAUUUUUUUUAUUUUCUUUCAUUGUUCUUUUAUUUUUUAUUUUUAUUUCAUUUUUUACUUGUUUACUUGUUUAAUUUUUUUAUUAUUUAUUUUGAUUUUUUUUAUUUUCUUUUUUUGAUUUUUUUUUAUUUUCUUUGAUUGUUCUUUUAUUUUUUAUUUUUAUUUCAUUUUUUAUUUGUUUAAAUUUUUUUACUAUUUUUAUUUGAUUUUUUGAUUUUUUAAAUUUUAUUUUGAUUUUUAUCUUAUUUUUUAUUAUUUUUUUGAUUUUUUUUAUUUUGAUUUUUUUAUUUUCUUUAAUCGUUCUUUUAUCUUCUAUUUUUAUUUCAUUUUUUAUUUGUUUAAACUUUUUUAUUAUUUUUUUUUUUAUUUUUUCCAUUUUUUACUUUUCAUUUUUUUAAUACGAUCUUUUUUACCACGCAAUAUUCAACUUUUUUCAGGCCCUCGAGAUCACCAUCAACUUCUACACAAUUGAACAUGGCUUUGUCCACUUGCCCUCGAUUCUACAAGAGUUUGUGAGCACCUGUUUGGUGAUCAAUGUGUGCCCAACUUUGGUGCGGAAGGCCUUUAUGGAAGGGCUGAUUGGGAUGCUGAUUCAAGUGUUGGGGGAGCCGCAGCUCAGCGAGAGCUCCGCGCACACGUGGAGCAAGGUUUAUAGGGUCUUGGAACAGGUGAGAAAAUAUUUUUGGGGCAAAAAAAACUGAUUUUUUUGGAUUUUUUUGAUUAAAAAAUAUUUUUUAGAAUUUGUAAAAUUAAAUUUUUUUAAAUAUUUUUUUUUAAAUUUUUUUUUAUUUUUUGAAAAUAAUUACAGAUAUCACAGCGCAUCGUAUUUUACCAUCAAAAAAAUUUUUUUUUCUAAAAUUUUUUCAUAAUUAAAUAUUAUUUUACCUAACGUUUAUUUUCAGGCAAUUCUGAGCAAUAUUGUGGAAUUUUAA